AUGGAAAGUAUUAGAAACCAGAAUACUAGGAAGAAUUACUCACAAAUAAAAGCCAAUAAGAGAUAAAGAGAUUCAAACAGUAGAGAAUAAGGCCAAUCAUUUUUGAAACCCAAAGUUAAUACUAAUUAGUGCGGGAAAGAUGCUAUUUAAUAAGUCAAUUCUAUACUAAUCAAAUAAUUUCAAAAUGAUGAUACAGCUUCAACCAUUAAUGCAUAAAAGAAAAAAUAAAGUUAGGGUUUAUAACAAUUAUAGGAAAAGGUAUUGACAAAUUACUAGUACAGAGAAAAUGUGAAAAAGAAUUUGAGCCAAAAUAUUGUAAUAGAUUAUCAAAUUGAGGAAACUUUGAAAAUUGGAGAAAUUCUCAGACUCUAAAUGGUCCCCGACUAUCUAAAUCUUAAAAAUGGCAUAACCCAGAAUUGCACUGAGGAAAUUGGAGGAUGUUAAAAUAAUACAUAAUACUCCAAUCUUUUAAACGAAUAAAAUCUCUAUCUGAAAAUAAUAGAAUAAUAAGCUGUUAACAGUCAAAAUGAUUAGUUAAGGUAAAAUAGUAUCAUAUAGCAAGAGGUUAAAGAGUAAAAUUUAGACAUAUAUGCAGACUAGUAAGGAUUAAAUGAUAAUAACUUUUAUCACUAUCACAGUCUUACUUUAAAGAACAGAGUUAAGAUGGUUGAUUGGAUGCUACAAGUGAUGAGAGUACUCAAAAUAGAAUCAUAGAAAACUUUUAUUUAAGCAAUAAAAAUGAUGGAUAAAUAUUAUGAAGUAAAAAUGAAGGAGGGAAAAGCUCAGCCAAAUAAUGAGUUUCAUCUAAUUGGCUUAGUAUGCAUCUAUAUAAGUUCUAAGUUUGAGGAAGUAGAACCCAUAACACUGAAAGAAAUUGUGAAUGAUGCUGCACACAAAAAGUUCACAAAAAAAUAGAUUAUUGAAAAGGAAUAAUCAGUACUCUAGACAUUACAAUUCAAAAUAAAAAUGGAUGAUAUUUUUGAAGAAUCAAAUAGCAUUUUAGAAUAAUGCUUCCAUUAAUCUAAUAUUCUUUAAAAGAGCAAUGAAGAAUAUACAAACUUAAAAGAUGUGGUUUAAUUCCUAUGCUAAUUAAUACCGCAUAACCUUGAACUUAUUCAACUGGAUGUAUAAAUUCUAAGAGUGAUGGUCGUUUAGAUUGCAUUAAAACUUAGAAAAUUCUCCUUGAACUAAUACAUUUACGAAAAUCUUUAUGGUGAAACUCUCAUUGUUAGAGAUAAAUCAAAGUUAUAGAAUUUGAAAAAGAUUGAAGAUUUUUCCAAAUUCUUUAAGUGCAAUAUAUUAAUGAUGACUUAAUACAAUAAAGACAGCUUAAAUAAAGUAUAUUUGAAAAAGCUUGCUGCUCUUUAUUUAGAUAUAACCUAUGGAUAGCCAUAGAGAAAAAAUCUUAGAAAAAAUUGGCCUUCCCUUUUUGAUGAAAAAACCCAAGAAUUCUUCAGACAAAUCUAGGAUAAGUACUCUGAUUGA